AUGGAAGAACAGACAAAGAGAAUGAAAUUGGAAAAUCGAGUAACGACUGAAGAAAGUACAAUAACCUCAUCGGAGUUGUAUCAACGUCUUUCAGUCUCUGUUGAAAAAUUUCAGAGUGAAGAAGAAUCAACACAAUUCAACAAUAGUACUAUUCCAGCAUUACAAAUCAAUAGUAAUGAUCAAGCAAGUAGUUCAAACAUGAUUUCUCUAACAAUCAAUGAAAAAAAUUUGGACAAAGAAACACGUGUCCACCAGUUCUUUAAAAAACUGUUCUCAAAUGAAAUUUCCACAGUAUAUACAGCCGUUGAUACAAACAAAACUAUUAUUCAUAACAGAAAGCCCGACUUUACGUUUAUUCCCAAAAUGUUUAACCUAACAGAAAAUGAUCCCAGAGCAAUAGAACAUUUGGCGCUAGGUUUUUUUAGAAUUGAAAAAGGAUACAAAAGUGAUUGA